UGUACAGACUGAGUGCUCACGGUGCCUAUUUCCGUAUUCACCUGCUGGUUCAGAGAUCUCCUCGCACGGCCCCAGGAGCCCCGGCGACAUGAGCAGUCUGAGCCCGCCGACCUUCGCUCUGCUCGCCUGCCGCCUGCUGCUGCUGUUCCCCCCCGGCAGCCGGGCCGCCGACCCUGGCCAGUGCCUGCACAACUUCGAGCUGGGCCGGGAAGACUUCAUCUUAGACACGGACGACUCAGUGGCGGCCGGCGCCACCUUCCUGAGCUCGCCCAAUGUGAGCCGCGCCCGGGACUGCGUGCUGAUCUGCUGCCGCCUGCGCCAAUGUAAUGUGGUGCUGCUGGAAGACAUGAGCAGCCAGCCCGGGGUCGACCCCAUGUUCCGGACCAUCAAAGGCUGCUUUCUCUUCAACUGCCUCUACAACCAGGAGUACGUCUGCCGGUUCUUCAGGAGGGACGGCUUCAGCAACUUCAUCCUCAGUGAUGUCUACCAGGAGUACCUCAAACCCAGGUUACCUGGCGCAGGUGACAAACUACCAGUGGCAAAAGCAGGAAGGGACCGAAUUGUACAGCCAGAUGAGGAAGUAACUCUAAGUGGGUUGGAGAGCAGAGAUGACUAUAAUAUUGUCCAUUUUAAUUGGGUUCUUCUCCAGGGAGAUCCUUCAGCGAAGAUAACGCUGACUAAAAAUCGUGAUGAAGUGGUGGUUUCAAACCUGAAGGUGGGGGUUUACAUCUUUCAGCUGACCGUCACGGACACUGCCAAUCAGAAGACACAGGACAAUGUGACCAUAACUGUCCUCUCGCCAGAGCAGUCAGAGGCGUACUGCAACGUUGAUUAUAAAGUGGGGCCUUGCCGUGGGGCCUUUCCGCGCUGGUAUUACGAUGCCAACACUAAGAGCUGCAAGGAUUUCACCUAUGGUGGCUGCAAGGCCAACAAGAACAACUUUGUGGACCAGAAGGAGUGCGAACAGGCCUGUGGUGGGGUCAAAGUUGGAAGCAAGCCUUCAAGCAGAUCAAAUAUGCCACGCUGCACAGAGGAAUGCACUGAGCAGCAGUUCAAGUGCUCAGACAACUGUUGCAUUGAUGGCAACCUGGAGUGCGAUGGAACUCCCAAUUGCGGAGAUAGCUCAGAUGAGUCCAGCUGUGAGCACAUAAGUGACCGAUUCAGUAGGCUAUUGGACAUAGACAUCCCCAAGGAGAAAGCUCGCUGUGUCUACCCUCCGGUGACUGGCCCCUGCCGAGCAGACUUCAGCCUCUUCUACUACAACCCCUUCACCAGGUUGUGUGAGCGCUUCACAUACGGAGGCUGUGAUGGCAAUGAGAACCGUUUCGAGGAGGAGGCCAAAUGCAUGGCAGCCUGCCAAGGAGUGUCAGAAAAGGAUGUAUUUUCCCGAGGUCUGUUUGAGAGACAGGAGCAAGAAAAAUCAUCAAAUGCUGGCAUUACGAUAGCUGUGCUUUUGGCCAUCUGUAUCGCCGUGGUGCUUGCCAUCCUGAUCUACUACUUGCUGAAAAUGAAGAGGCAGAGUCGGAGGCAAGCAAGCCCAGCCAGUUCCACCGGCUCCACCACAGAGGAGGUGAAGAAACUGAUGUCCAUGGAAUCCAAGCCCGUCUGAUUUGUGAGGUGCCAACGCCUCCAAUGUCCAUUGAAAGACUUUGACUUGGGGGGGGGCCAGGUGGGGUGGGAAGGGUCUGAUUUGAACCUGAUGGGUUCCUGUUUGUAGAUUAUAAAGUAACAUUGUUUUAUCAAGUGCCUGGAUUUUGUGCUAAAAUGACUUGCCAGUGUGCUUCCUGUUUCGUAAGUGACCUGGUGGCAAUCCAUUCGUCCAGUUGCCACAAGUACUUCCAUGCAGCUAUCAGUUGAUGAAUGGUUUCGAUCCAGCAUUGGGUAAAUGUCUCUUUCAUUUCUCCAUCUUAAGUGAUCACACACCAUUUAGUAUCCAGUUGGACUAUGAAAGCCACGGACUUGCCCUGCAGUGGACUUGCAGGCGCUUCUUACAUUUUCUUCUGAUCAUUUGGGUUCAGUAGGGAGGAUCUAGAGUCAUCUUUAGGGGUGUAAGAUACUGUUUCAGGGGUGCAGGGUGGAAUGUUUAAAAUUAGGGUUUUGAGGUUAUUGGGACAUUGCUAUGAUUUUGUCCAAGGCCUGUGCAUUGUUGCUAAUGAUGUCUCCCUUGCAAAAUGAUGAUAGCCACAUGCCUAAACUGAACCCCCUCACUGAAUGAAAACUGUAUCUCAUGAUAAAUGCUCCCUAAUUCCCCCUCCUUCUGAUGUUCCUUAAUCAUCCUUUUGGCUGGCCCUCCAUAGUUCCCCUCCCUUCGAUGCUCCGUAAACCCUCUGACACUUCCUAUUUCCUUUUCCUCUGGCACUUCCUAAUCACUGAUCCUUUGAUGCUCCCCUAACACCCCCCAAUUCUUCUCUCCUUCCUCCACCUGGCCUUCCUGCCCUCUCUUCACUGGUCCCUUGCCCCAUCUUACUCGCUCCUCUCUCAAAUCCCUUCCUUCCAUCCUUAUUUCUGACUCUGCUCUUGCCCCAGUUCUAUAAUUUGAAGUCUGUGGGUCAGCUUCUGAUUCUUUGCUCUGUAAAUAAUGCUGUUGAACCUAAUCCACAGAGGGCAUGAGGGAGCUUGCAUUCAGCCAGUUUAACUGGAGGUUAUAUCUAAUAAUCUUCAGAAAUUACAACAUUUGGCCGUACAGAAAGAGCUUGAGAAUGGGACCACAAGACAAAUGGACGAUGACGAAUAAAUGUACAUUUAAUUUUCUCCUUUUUUUUUCUUAAAACUGGAAGGAGUAGACUCUUAAAGUUGGUUUGUGGGCUUCCCAUGACACAAUAUUGAGAUCAAACCAGCCCACUUGCUCAUCAAGACCAGAAUUCCAUAAUGGUCAACAGGCAAAUAAUUGGUUCCUUUGUACAAAUUGAGGUGGCCCUGUAUUCCUUCUCAUUGGCUGUAUUUUUUUGAGGUGGUAUUAAACACAGAGCACAUUCUUGCUUUUAUUAGGCAACUGGAUUUGUUAUAAACACUACUAUGCUCACAGUCAAGUCACUCACAUCCAUAUCUUAGUUAUUGGAGAUAAUUUGAUCCCCUUGGCAUUAUAUUUCACCCACCUAACCCUAGGGGACAGUUGGCAGAGUGAAAAUAGACUACCCCCAUCCCGAGUAAACAUAUGCAGGGAUUGUAGGUGUCUAAUAGCUAAAUGUAUUUGACUAAUGGCUACAGGUUAAUGAUAAGCUUCUCUCUGCUCACUUCACCUAUUACUCACUGAUAGUGCCUCUCUCUCUUGUAUUGUCACAAUGAGUGUCUAGAAGUAACUCAUUAGCCCUACAUUUGUGCAAAUUAAACACAACCAAAGUAUUUCUCUAACCAAGCUCAGGUGUCUGCAAGAUUCAUGUCUGGCCUUUGUCAUUUGUGCCGCAGUGAAUUGGAAAAAUUAUCAAAAGGCAUGGGAGAGGGUGUCAAUGGGUUUCAUUUUGACGAGAAGUUGUGGCAAAGCUGCAGGGUUGACUAAUUCUGGUAAUGCAAAGGAUGGUAUGGAGACAUUUGAGAGUAUGGAGCCAAGGCAGCAUGUGGCAAGUGUGAACACAAUGAGAUUUUGAACAAUGUCCAGUGGCAUUAAGAAAUCUCGUGCCAGAUUCUAAUCAACGCUGUCAGCCAAUGAAUGGGAUGCAGGGCAGGGCUCUUAGUGAACAAUGUGUUUUACAACAGUGUAUUUGCUCUUAAAACAGUCUGUUUAAAUAAUGCUUUGAGGCAAACAGUCUACAGAGUCUAAACUAAAAAACAAUCUAUGUACUACAAACAAACUAGAAGGCCAGACAGCCGCAGUUGGUGAAAUGCGGGAUCACUUCUCCAGCAAAUGCAGAGAGUGAAGGAGGGUUACAUGAUACAAAGAAGGUGCAUAAAAGCAAACCCAGCCACUUACAGGUGAUGUAAUUGAUCCAGGAAUCGCCAAUCAUCUCCCCUCUGACCAGGACUAAUGGGCUCACAAUCUGUAACCAUGCCAUACAUACACAUAGUAAUGUGUGCCAGAGCUUUCAUUUAACAAAGAAAAUAUUGGAUUGUGCUCUAACAGUUGCAGCUUUGAGGUAACAUCAGCAAACACAUGGGUCUUGGUUGUUACUGUAUUGUAUCUGAAAGUCAUAAUUCAUUUUCUUUUGUAAAGGUUGUUAUCCUGUAUAAUUUCUGACUUCCAAGCAUCAAGUAUUCAGAUUUUUUUAAGAUUGAUCUGUCUAAUUGUGAAUUUAUAUUUUAAUUUUUGCUUCCAGCUUUAAUGUUUUUAUUUAAUAAAUAUAUAUUUCUAGGGUA